ACCAUACCAGACCCUUUAUCUCUGUCUCUAGAGUUAGUUGAAUCUUGUGUAUAAGCACUUUCAAUGUAGUUUAAUAAAAUAACUUAAUUCUGCUGGCAUUUUUGUGAAUAUCGAUCAUACAGCAUCAUGGCGACGACGGCAACUUCAUUAUCAAUUGUCAAAGAACUUCGGAGGCUUGCCAGUGUGCACACUAAUCGUCAAUACAUGCUUCGGAACGACGUAAAUUCUUUGCUCAUAUUUACUGACCCAGAUGAGCAGCCUUCAGUGGUUAUUAUUGAAGCUUUGCAUGCAUUUGCGCUACCCUUGCACAAGAAGCGUCAUAAUCUCCAAAUCGAAGGACUUGAUGGGGAGGAUAAAAAACAAGAGUGUACAAAUGAGCUCCUACGAGUAACUGGCGUUAUUUCGAUUACGUUUAACAUGGCGUCGCAAAGAUGUACUAUCCGAGCCCGAUCUGACAUGCAUGCGGAAAGUCUUGACGCAAUCCAUAACACACGGAAAAUGACGGCGAAACAAGUCAUGAAAAACGAAAGCGGGGAGGAAGUCCUUGUUUCCUUCGAUGAUGCAGACAGAUCAGACGAGUUACCCCCCUAUUUAGAAGAGGACUUGGGGGAUUCCCCUAAUAAGGAAGAAAAUAAGCAAAGUGUGGCGCGGCCUGGAUAUACAGAAGCAGUGGGAAGUUUUGCAAAGUCCUGGUUCGGCAGCGUAGUGAGUGCAGUUAAUAAAAACCUUUAUUGGUGAAACUGUUUUAUGAAAAAACUGCGGACUUUUGUAAAU